CGUGCCUCACCCUUACCCACGUACGAGAGAUGUCUGAGGCGCGCUUCAAAAUUUUGUAACAGCAACCAACCACCAUACCUAAACUUUUUUGAAAAUGUCUAUGGAAUUAGAUCAGUCAUUGGAUGCCAUCAUAGCAUCGAAGCCCAAAGGAGGAAUUAGAAAGCGUCGUUCUCGUGUUAACAAGCCCAAAGCCUCCAAAGCAAACAAAACCUCUAACGAUACAGUUUCUACGAUAAAGUCAGUCAUUUCCGAGGAGUCGAAGAUUAUUGUGUCUAACUUACCUCCCGAUGUCACAGAAGCUCAAGUUAGAGAACUAUUUGUAAAAUCGAUUGGUCCUUGCAAACGUGUGUCCUUGGCAUAUGGUCCAAAUGGACGUUCUAAGGGUAUCGCUACAGUUAUAUUUUCUCGUCAAGGUGACGCUACUCGUGCUUACGAACAAUAUGAAGGACGCAUGGUUGAUGGUACUAGAAAGAUGAAAGUUGAGAUUAUCCUUGAUCCUAGCCGUCAACUAAAUUCAUUAGCCGCUCGUGUUGCACCUGCUAAAGCGAACACUCCUAAUAAGCCCAAGGCUUCUAAGAAAAGGAACGUUCGCCGUAGCAAGGGUAACAACCGACCUAAGAAAUCCGCUGAGGAACUUGAUAAGGAGAUGGAUGAUUACUUCGGAUCGAACACCGAGAACAAGUAAUUGAUAAUCAACAGAAAACGAAUCAGAUUUUAGAAAUGAUCAGGGAUUUACGAUUUGUUGCCCACCUAAUUAAUUGGCUUGGACUAUUUUCAAGAUUUUUUUUUUUCGAACUUUAGUAGUACUGGAAUAUAAACCUAUGUUACAUUUGGCUCUCUUGAUCGAUGGAAACGGAUGAUGUUGUAAUUUGGAAAUUUUGGCGCGAUGAAACAUUUUAUUUCUUUAUCUAUUUAUUUUGAUGAUGAAUUGGACUCAUUAUGAAAAGUCCUUUCGUCUGAGUAGUUUUUAAGGAUCGUCUGUCCUGCCUCUCACUCAAGCUUCUGUUACAAGACCCAUGUUCGGUGAAUCAAUAAUGAUGUUUGUCUUUAGUAGAACUCUGAAUAAAAGGGCUCAGUGAUAUUCAAAAGUCGGCUAGUGGAUUAAUACUGCGUGCGGCGAGUGUAUUGAUAUACAUUACCUUUUCAUUAAUAGACUCGUUCCCGUGAUAUCACACAUUAGUCUGAUUUUUUUAAGUUACGACUGCGGUUAAAGCUGAUAUUGAUUUUGAUAUUAUGGUUGUCAGAUUUGUAUUUUGAAAAGUUACAUCUGGAUUUCCCGUAAUAUUUGAAGUUGACUCUUUGCCGUUUCUUUAAUUUUGUACGUGUAAAGGAGGUGUAUGUGGCUCUUUCGUGGAACUUGUUCUUUGUGAAUGACAUGCUCUUACUACGUGGAGUAUAUAUAUAUAGUUUAUAUCUCACCUUCCUCUUUUCCAGAUGAGAAAUUUGUAAAUUUGAUGGAAAACGAACGCUUGCCUACGGAUUUUGAUCCUAACGAAAACGACGGUUUUUUUUGGUCUUCUAUUUUUGGACUAUUCAGGUCGAACAUUAUUAUGAUUUCCGCUUGGGGAUAUUUGGGGACUGUAGUCCAUCCAUUUAUCAGGUUGAGUUGGGAGAAAGUAAAACACCCGAUAAAACAAACAUGUGAAACGAAGUUCAAAAUUUUUGCUUAUAAAACCCAAUUUGUUUGUUCUAAAAGACCUGUUAUGAGGCUAGUUGAACAAAGGAGUGCUGUAGAUUAUAAAUUUGCUUGUUAAACCAUGAAACACCGAUUACAUAGUUUGUUUUUAUUGAACGUUUUCAAACUAUACAUUAUUCAAACACUUUCUAUUAAUACAACGAAGUCAAAGAAGGGGACGAUUUCUUUACAUAUAUAUAUGUACUCAGCGAGAGUCUGAGGUGGUUUUAUUUAGUUUUCUUUAUUAGAUAACCUAAAAUAAAUUCUUGUUUAUUUAUAUCUACAAGUCUAUUAAAUCAGG